ACACACCGACUGUUCAAGUGAGCAGACUUGCACAGGAUAGACUUCUGGAAAACUCUUUCCUGCAGCGGAAGGCGAGCAGCUCAUUCACACAGGCGCGCCUAUUGCUAAUGGGAACAAAGUUCCUGACUGGCGCCUCUUAAGUCAUAACAUGCACCUUCUGGAAAGACCGCGUGCAAAACUGCCUUGUUGCACGGCUAGCCUCACAUUUCCGUGUGUUGAUGAUUGUUCCCACGCCCACCACCCUCCCCGUGCGCAGAUGUGGGGCGUCAUUUCCUCUGACGGGCAGGCAUCCCCCACCCCAGCCGCCAUCUCCUUCCGGGCGGCUGAGAGAGGACCCCGAUAAUGGCGGCGGCCUCGGUCUCCAGGCUGCCAUUGCUGUUGGUAUUGUUCUUGGGGGCGCCCUGGAAGAGGAUCCUUUGCGCUGCCCAGCCGCCGCCGCCGCCGCAAGACGCCGAGUUCACCUUCCUGCUGCCGGCCGGGCGGAGAGAAUGCUUCUACCAGGCUGCACCGGGCAACGGCUCCAUGGAGGUCGAGUACCAGGUUAUUGGAGGGGCUGGUCUGGAUGUUGACUUCUCCUUGGAGAGCCCUUCAGGCAUGCUUCUGGUUAAUGAAUAUCGAAGAUCAGAUGGGCUGCACACUGUUGAGCCCACAGAAGUAGGUGAUUACAAGCUGUGCUUCGACAACUCCUUCAGCACUAUCUCGGAGAAGCUAGUGUUCUUUGAACUGAUCUUUGACAGCCCCCAGGAGGACGAGGACUUGAACAGCUGGGCGGAAGUGGCGGAACCAGAAGAGAUGCUGGACAUUAAGAUAGAAGACAUUAAGGAAUCUAUCGAAACCAUGAAGAGCCGCCUGGAGAGAAGCAUCCAGAUGCAGGCAUUGCUGCGAGCCUUUGAAGCCCGUGAUCGCAAUUUGCAGGAAAGCAACCUGAGCCGGGUCAACUUCUGGUCUGCCAUCAACCUUAGUGUGCUCUUGGUGGUUUCAUUCCUCCAAGUAUACAUGUUGAAAAACCUUUUUGAGGACAAGAGAAGAGUCUGGACGUAACAAGAGGAGAAACUGACCCCAUCACCCUUUUUUACUUUUGUGGGGCCAGGGAUCUAGACCAGUAUCAACAUCUAUGUUGCCAAAGCUCCGUGCUGCUGCCAUUUCUGUCAUGGUCUCUCUACUAAAGGGGUUAAAAAGCAAAAUAUUGCAGCCAAAGUAAGAUAAUACCCGUAUCUUAUUUGGUGAUGGCCGUGGUGGUGAAGGGCCAGGUAGCAAAAUUGAGGGCAGGAGGAGGUGGAAGAAACGGAUGUUAAGCAGCUGACAGUAAGAACAGCAGACUUGAAUGCCUCAUUUAUUUCAGAAGUACUUCUGUUUACAGUGAAAGGAGCUCCCAAAAAGGACUAUGGCUUGUAACAGAGCUUGCUCCUUGGCCUUUAUUCUGGAUAUUCUGCAACAGACUUUAUCCAUGUGUGCCUUAACAAGAAUUGCUGACCUGGCUGAAAGUAGCAAAGCUCCUCCUCUCUAUUUUGUGUGGUAGUACUUCAGGGCAUUGAGGAAGCUUCCCAGGUAGCAUUAUCUUUGCCCUCCUUGGCUCUGUGCUCUGCUUUCUGUAGGUGGGACUACCUGAGAAGUAGGUCUCAUCUUAGUUGUAUUAAAAUGGUUGAAAAAGUUGUCAGCAGUCUGCUAAGGCUGUAAAGGGCUGCCACUGCUCUCAUUCAGAAUUAAUAUGCUCCUAAUCCAGAACUCUGAUUCAGCAAAUGACAAUGUGUGGGGAGUCACUUCCUUUGGGGGCACCAUUUACUUUCCAAGCCAACUCUUUGUGUAUCUUUAAAUGUCAGUUGUGCAAAACUCCUGUUCUUAGAGUCCAGGAGUUGCUGAAGCAGUCUGGUGGAAUCCACUCCUUGUUUUUGUCUUCAAGUUAAGACUUGAGUAACCGGAAGUUCUUUACUAGGCCAGGAAUAUCAGAGGCUCUUUGAAUAGAUAAUUUGGACCUAUGCUGUGUGUGACCAUGGCAUAUCUUUAAACACAGAUCUGCCCCCUCAUCACGCCUAAAGUUGUGUGGUGAAGGGCACAGUUUUCAGCACGAAAAGGGUGUGCAAGGAGUGCGUUGAACUCUCCUCCCUUCCAUUAUCAUCAUCAUCAGAGUGGACUGUCCUCCAAAGUUCACUGCCCCUGCCCAGCUGUGCUCCAAUACCAGAAGUGAACAGGUUGAAAGAAAAGCACUUUGCAAGAGCAGCUGUGGCCAAAGGAAUGGUUUAACAAGCCCCUCCAUAGUACACAUUAUUGCAGCAUCCUAUGUAGGCAGCCUCACUCUUCUCUCUGAAAAUGAGCAUGCACAGCCCCAAACAGCCUCAUAUACUUCACCUUCUCCUUUACAUCCUCAGUAUUUUAAAUUUACUUGAACAAUACAUUUGCUGCAAUGGCCAUUUGAUAUCCUGUUGGCUAUUUUUUAAGACACUGACCUGUCAAUCUAAGCAGUUACACUCCAGGGCUGACUAGAUGGCUUUCUCCGACAGCAGGAAACAGCUGCAUAUAGACCAAAAUACUCAAGCUUUCUUUGGGCUUGCUCACCUGCCACAGCAUAAAUCCCAGGGCUAGUUUGUUUUUUUUUAAGUCCAAGAACAUGCAGGUCAAUGUCUUGUGGUUCAAUAAAUAGUCUUUUGAGUUGUGAUAAA